CAUGUUCCUAAUCCUAACCCUAGCUAUAACUAUACCUUUAAUUUCAAUUCAAUUCCAAACCCGAACCCUAAUUCCAAGCAAAUUCUCUCCUUCUCGAUCCCGAAGAAACGAAGAAGAGGUCGGCCUCAACGCGUUGCCACAUCGUUUCACAUUCCUCCGAUCCCGAAUGCUGGUGCUUUCCCCGGUAUCAACAAUUUCAACUCUGCUACUUCAGUUCCAGGUUCUGCAAGCAAAGCCAGCGUAGAAAAUAGUUCAUCUACGACGAUAAAACCCAGUCCGGGAAUUGGCGACGAGAUUAUCGUCAUUAACAAGGAGUCGACGGCCGAGGCAUUGAUCGGGCUAACGGCCGGAUUCCCCGCAGAUUCCCUCACCGAUGAGGAAAUUGAUUUUGGUGUCGUCUCUGUCGUUGGAGGCAUAGAACAGGUGAAUUACAUUUUGAUUAGAAACCAUAUCAUCGCCAAAUGGCGCGAAAAUGCGUCCACUUGGAUUACAAAGGAGAUGUUUGUUGAUUCUAUUCCUAAGCAUUGCAGCACACUUUUGGAUAAUGCUUAUAACUAUUUGGUUACGCAUGGAUAUAUUAACUUUGGAGUUGCGCCGGCGAUCAAAGAGAGGAUUCCGGCGGAACCGAACAAGUCUACUGUAGUUAUUAUUGGGGCGGGGUUGGCUGGAUUGGCUGCUGCGCGACAGUUGAUGAGGUUUGGGUUUAAGGUAACUGUCUUGGAAGGUAGGAAGCGUCCUGGUGGGAGGGUUUACACGAAGAAGAUGGAAGGAGGGAAUAGGGUGUCCGCAGCAGCGGAUUUAGGUGGGAGUGUUUUGACCGGUACAUUAGGGAACCCACUUGGGAUUGUUGCCAGGCAACUGGGCUCUUCUCUUUAUAAGGUGAGAGAUAAGUGUCCACUUUACAGAAUGGAUGGGAAACCCGUUGAUCCUGAUAUGGAUAUGAAACUGGAAACAGCUUUUAAUCGGCUUUUGGAUAAGGCAAGUAAGCUUAGGCAGUUGAUGGGCGAGGUUUCAACGGAUGUUUCACUUGGUGCGGCAUUGGAAACAUUUCGGCAGGUUUAUGGGGAUGCUGUAAAUACUGAGGAGAUGAACUUGUUUAAUUGGCAUCUUGCAAAUUUGGAAUAUGCAAACGCAGGCUUGGUAUCAAAGCUCUCACUCGCAUUUUGGGACCAAGAUGAUCCAUAUGAUAUGGGAGGGGACCACUGCUUCCUGCCUGGAGGGAAUGGAAGGCUCGUUCAGGCUUUGGCUGAGAAUGUGCCGAUCUUAUAUGAGAAGACUGUCCACAGUGUUAGAUAUGGCGCUGAUGGUGUCCAGGUAAUUGCUGGAAGCCAUGUUUACGAGGCUGACAUGGCUCUUUGUACUGUCGCACUGGGGGUUUUGAAGAGUGGAUCUAUCAAAUUUAUACCAGAGUUGCCUCAGAGGAAGCUAGACGGAAUUAAGAGGGUGGGUUUUGGGUUACUCAAUAAAGUUGCCAUGCUUUUUCCUUAUGUGUUUUGGGGUACAGAUGUUGAUACCUUUGGACAUCUUGCCGAAGAUCCAAGCAGUCGAGGGGAGUUCUUUCUGUUUUACAGUUAUGCACCAGUUGCUGGUGGUCCUCUCUUGAUUGCUUUAGUAGCAGGUGACGCUGCUCAUAAGUUCGAGACAAUGCCCCCAACUGAUGCAGUGACCCAUGUCCUACACAUUCUUAAAGGUAUAUAUGAACCGCAAGGAAUUAAUGUCCCAGAACCUAUCCAGACUGUAUGUACCAGAUGGGGUGGUGAUCCCUUCAGUCUAGGUUCGUACUCUAAUGUUGCAGUGGGGGCAUCAGGAGAUGAUUAUGAUAUAUUAGCUGAAAGUGUGGGGGAUGGCAGGCUUUUCUUUGCUGGGGAAGCCACUAGUAGGCGAUACCCUGCAACUAUGCAUGGAGCUUUCCUCACUGGACUUAGGGAAGCUGCAAAUAUGGCAAACUAUGCAAAUGCUCGAGCUUCAAGGAUGAAAAUUGACAGGAGCCCAUCAAAGAAUGCCUAUUCUUGUGCUUCCCUUCUUGCAGAUUUAUUUAGGGAUCCUGAUUUAGAAUUUGGUAGUUUUUCUGUAAUUUUUAGCGGUAAGAAUGGUGAUACAAAAUCCCCAGCAAUUUUAAGGGUUAUGCUUAAUGAGCCGCGA